CCCCCUCUGGCCUCUGGCCCUCUCUAGUCUCUACGCCUUCAUGAAUUCAUCCAUCCAACGUUUUCCUUCAAAACCCAACAAAUUUUGAAUUGACAGAAAACCUUCAAAUUUUUUAUUUUUAUUUUUUUGGGAUUGCAUUCGUUGACUCACGCACUUUACAAUCUUAUUCUUCCACUUUUCCGCAGAUUAAUGGAAUUUGGGGUUGAUGGGGAUGUUAAUGGUGAAGUGGUGGGAAGUUCUGUAGAUACCGAGGGUAAGAUUGGUGAUGAAAAUGAAAUGGGAGGAAGUUCUGUGGAAGGGGGACAAAGCCAAGAUGACAGAAUGAAUGAGGAAUUUUCUGAAAAGGAAGUUAUUCCAGUUGGAGAGCCAUUGAAUGAGCCUUAUGUGGGGCAAGAGUUUGACUCCGAAGCAGCUGCUCAUGCUUAUUACAACACAUAUGCCACACGCGUAGGAUUUGUGAUACGAGUAAGCAAGUUAUCUCGUUCAAGACGUGAUGGAUCCGCUAUUGGUAGAGCCUUGGUUUGUAAUAAAGAGGGUUACAGAAUGGCCGAUAAACGUGAGAAGGUUGUGAGGCAAAGGGCUGAAACUAGGGUUGGAUGUAGGGCAAUGAUUUUGGUAAGGAAAAUGAGUUCUGGUAAAUGGGUAGUUACGAAGUUUGUAAAAGAACACACACAUCCUCUAACACCAGGAAAGGGCCGAAAAGAUCUUAUUUUUGAGCAAUAUCCAAAUGAGCAUGAUAAGAUUCGAGAGUUGUCCCAGCAGUUGUCGAUUGAGAGAAAACGAGCUGCAACAUACAAAAGACAUCUCGAAAUGGUGUUUGAGCACAUCGAGGAGCAUAACCAAAGCCUUUCGAAGAAGAUCCAAAACAUUGUAGACAAUGUUCGAGAGUUCGAUUCGAGAGAGAAAGAGAACCGAAGAUAGUAUUUGCUUCUCUCUUACACCAUAGUCAUAAUUUAAAGUAACAUUUCUGUGCAGAAAAAUUCUGUGAGAUGAGGCUAAUAUUGUGAAAUCUCUUUUUGCUUUUUUAUUCUAUUCUUACCUCAUUGUUUUGAGAACAGCUUUCUAAUACUGAAGCUAACAGUCAUUGAUACAGCAGAUGGGUAGUUUGGACACUUCUAAAACAUUAUAACUGGUGAUCAUUGUAAGACUGAGCUCCCCUUUGCUCCACUUGUUUAAUAGGAAAAGGCAUUGAUGUGUAUACUUAUCAACCCUUGCAAUUUCUAUU